UUUCACCCCACACAUAACGCAUUUGCUCUCUCUCUCUGUCUCUCUUCAUGGCUUUGUCGUCUCCAAAAGGCAUGCGUUCUGGAAUAGAGUUCAUCAUUGUAGCCAUUCUUUGCUGCAACUUAGUGCAUGGAGAUUUACAAGAUCCAAGCCAGAUCGUCUCCCAGGCAUUGCUUUGCUUUAACAAUCGAAUGAUAUACGAUAGUUGUGAGCAAUCAUUCCGACUAUCAGAGGCUGGUACGAUCAACGUUCCAUACGAAAAGACAGACGAAUACUGCAAUGGGCCUUGCCUAACAGAGACACAGUUGGUGCUCAGUUGCAUUGAUGGGAUUCUAUCUAACUUCUUAUUUUACAACAAGGCCACUGUUGGGGAUGUACGAUCUACCAUACUAGCUGCUUGUGGAGACACUGAUACACGAGGGGAUUUCAAUGUGGCUGAGCACGUUCAAGGAGUAGAGUGGAGUGGGGGAGAAAAGCUUCUCCAUCUAAUUGCUUGUGGAUGUUUAUUGGGUGUGUCUUGCCAAUAUUUGCUCAAUUAGUCUAACCACCAAGACUUAAUUAGUUUUCUCUCUUCUCUCACGAAACCUUAUAAAGAAUGAAUACUAUAAAUAAAGCAAGGUGGUUUAUAUAGUAUUAGUACGAGAAGUAAGCUAAGAAGUUGUUCAAUGACCUUUGGGCACCAUAGUUAAUGGCUCUAUGAAAGAAACUUA